CAAAAAUAGAGUGAUUAUUAAAGAGAGUGACUUAAUUCCUCUCAUAUCACUAUCAGACUAUCUCUAGUCUUCUACAAUUAGAAUUUCGAUUAAACUCCUCUGUUUCCCUCCAAAACCAUCAAAUCCAAUCUUACCUCAACAUUCAACAAUCUCUUCUUCUAUGUUCUUCAAUCAUGCUCGUUUUCUCCCUCUAAUUUCUCCCAUCUUCAUCACUCCCAAACUCUUCUCCUUCUUCUCAACAACACCCAUUAAAGCUCUUCCACCAUCAUCACCACAACACCAUUUUCUCUCUCCAAACUCCAUUGAUUUACUCCCUCUACUCUCUUCUCUGCAAUCUCUUCAACAAACCAAACAAUCCCACGCUCUCGCUCUCCUUUACGGCCUUCUUCCGUCAAGCGUAUCUCUUUGUGCUUCUCUCAUUCUUAACUAUGCUAAAUUUGGGCACCCCCUUAUUUGUGAAUUUCUCUUUAAUCAAUCUGUGUUUUACUGUAAAACAUCUUUCUUGUGGAAUACCCUUUUGCGAGGUUUUACGAUUUCUGGGGUUUAUGAUGUUUUUUAUGUUUAUAAUCAUAUGAUUCGAUUCGAUGUUAGGCCGGAUGAUCACACUUUUCCUUGUGUAAUUAAGGCUUGUUCUGAUCAUUGCUUGGCUCAGAAGGGUAGGGAGAUUCAUGGGAGUUCAAUUAAGCUUGGUUUGGAUAAGCAUGUGUAUGUGGGAAAUACCCUUUUGGUGUUUUAUAGUAGAUGUUCUGAUUUUGUGGGUGCACGUAAUGUGUUUGAGGAAAUGCCUGAGAGAGAUGUUGUGUCAUGGAAUACCAUGAUUGGGGUGUUUUCUGAUAAUGGGUGGUCUAAGGAAGCGGUUGAAGUGUUUUUAGAGAUGAAGAUAUGGUCUGGGUUGUUGCCGAAUGUGGUUAGUGUUGUGAGUGUCUUGCCAGCUUGUGCUGAGCUUAAGGACGAGGUGAUGGCGAUGAUGAUUCAUGGUUAUGUGGUUAAGGUUGGGUUGAUUUGCCAGGUGAGGAUUGGUAAUGCACUGGUUGAUGUGUAUGGAAAGUGUAGAAAGUUGGAUAGUUCUUGGCAAGUUUUUGAUGAAAUGGUUGAGACGAAUGUCGUGUCUUGGAAUGCCAUUAUUACAAGCUUUGCUCAUGCGAGGUGUUAUAGUGAUGCUUUACAUUUGUUUAUGCUGAUGAUUGACGCGAACCAGAAGCCUAAUGAUAUCACCUUUUCAAGUUUGUUACCAGUUCUUGUGGAAUUAGAUUAUUUUGAUGCAGGGAAAGAGGUUCAUGGACUUAGUAUUAGAAUGGGUCUGGAUUCUGAUAUCUUCAUAUCAAAUUCAUUAAUUGACAUGUAUGCAAAAGCAGGGGAUUCCGGUAAGGCUUCUAGCAUGUUUCAGAAGAUGAGUGUGAAAAAUGUUGUCACGUGGAAUGCCAUGGUUGCUAAUCUUGCACAAAAUAAGCUCGAGCUAGCUGCAAUAGGACUUGUGAAACAAAUGCAAGUUUUUGGUGAAACUCCGAAUGCUGUAACUUUCACGAAUGUUUUACCAGCUUGUGGUCGAAUAGGAGCACUUCUCUCAGGCAAAGAAAUACACGCGAGAUGCAUUCGGAAGGCAGCUGUCCAUGAUAUAUUUCUUUCAAAUGCCUUGAUAGACAUGUAUGCCAAGUGUGUUGUUGUUGACCUUGCGCAAAAUGUAUUUGAUCUCUCCAUUAGAGAUCAAAUAUCAUACAACACAAUGAUAGUAGGCUAUUCACAAUCCAUUCAUUGCUUGAAGUCUCUUAGUUUGUUUAAAGAGAUGGGGUUCAUUGGUAUGGAGCGGGAUACAGUUUCCAUUGUAGGUGCUGUUGCAGCUUGUGCAAAUGCUGCAGCACUAAAGUCAGGGAAGGAGAUUCAUGCAUAUAUCAUAAGACGGUUGUUUCAUACACAUUCUUUUAUUUCCAAUUCACUUUUGGAUCUUUAUAUGAAGUGUGGAAAGAUUGGUUUAGCUCAAAAUAUCUUUGAGAGGGUUCACAAAAAAGAUGUAGCCUCAUGGAAUACAAUGAUUCUAGGGUAUGGAAUGCUUGGUGGAUUUGACACAGCAGUCUCUCUCUUCGAAGCGAUGAGGGAAGAUACUGUGGAUCAUGAUUCUAUCUCAUAUAUAGCCGUUCUAUCAGCUUGCAGUCACGGGGGACUUGUUGAGAAGGGAAAGAAGUACUUCGAAGAGAUGAAGGCUAAAGGCAUUAUGCCGAAAAAUAUGCACUACACUUGCAUGGUUGACCUUCUUGGUCGAGCAGGACUGAUGGAAGAGGUCGUGGAGUUUAUUAGAGAACUUCCAUUUGAACCAGAUUCCAAUAUUUGGGGAGCUUUACUAGGUGCUAGCCGAAUCCAUGGGAAUAUAGAAUUGGCAAAAUGGGCUGCUGAGCAUCUUUUUGAGCUAAGACCUGAGCAUUCUGGAUACUAUAUUCUGCUCUCAAAUAUGCUUGCAGAAGCAGGUAGGUGGGAUGAAGCAACAACGGUGAGGGAACUUAUGAAGACAAGGGGGGUCAUAAAAAAUCCUGCAUAUAGCUGGGUUCAGAGUCGUGAUCAGGUUCGUGCUUUUCUGGUGGGGGAAUCUGCAGAGAAUUGGAGCUAGGUUACGCACUGACAUAUGAACUCUGGUGUCUCCAAACUGGUUUUACAAGUCUGACAAGAUUCAGAUUAUGUUUGAGGUACAUUGUGCAUGCUUCACAUAACACGUAAGAUAGUCCAAAUCGGGCUCCAGCCUCCAUGUGAUUGCCUCUUUGUAGAUGAAUGUUUCAUACCAGCUUAGGAUGGUAAUGAAAAUUCCUAAAAUAUAUCAGUACGUCAUGGCAAUUCAUUUAUGAAGGCAUCAGAAUUCGGACAAGUAUAUCGUCCAUAUGACGUCUGAUGCUUGUAUCAUCCAAGGCUAGUUGCGACUUUGACUGAUUUAGUUGGCUUCCAAUAUGAUUCUGGUGGGGUUAUACAGUUUGCCUGCACUGUAUGUAUUCUUGACAGUGAGGUCUCUGUUAGUUAUGCCCUUCUGACUUGCUGCGGUUCAAUAAUGACGGACGUUGGACCGAUUUUAACUUUCAUUUGAGUUCAAAGGGAGGCAGGUCGGCUCAUGAAAGUGUAUUCCAAGCGAAGGCUUGAGAACGUUGCCAGAGUUGGCAGUGCACCUCUUCUUCAUGCUGAUAGCAAAGUGUCCAGGAUCUUAUUAGUUGAAUGAUCUGGACACAAGAACUUACAUGUAUGUUUUUUAUGUUCUAUUCUCUUAAACCCUGAAUACUGUAAGAAAUCAAUUUUUGAGGUUGGAUGGAAAUUGUAAAAGAUAUGAUAUCAACAAUUAACAUGAUGACUGAAAUUGCUAAUAAACAUUUUGUGCACAAUCGA